AUGGGGUUCGAAAAUUAUAAGCCUAUAAUAGUUAUGGUAUUGUGUCAAUGUGCAUAUGCAGGACUCAUUCUAAGUGGGAGAGUAGCUCUUUUGGAGGACUUUAGCUCAAGAGUUUUUGUUGUUUACAGACAAAUUGUUGCUUUCUUGCUCAUUGCUCCUUUUGCUUAUUUCUCAAGGAGAGGAACAACAGGAUGUGGUAUGAAUUGGAAGAGCUUCUGGUCGAUAUUUUUGCUGUCUUUGAUUGGUGUGACAAUCAACCAGAAUAUGUAUUUUGAGGGAUUGUACUUGGCCUCAUCCACAGCAGCUAGUGCCUUGGUCAAUUUGGUGCCUGCCAUAACCUUUGUUAUUGCCUAUUGCCUGGGGAUGGAAAAAGUUGAUCUUGGAAAUGUGAGAAGUUGGGCUAAGAUUAUGGGAACAGUUUUUUGUGUAAGUGGUGCUGUUGUAAUGGCAACAGUAAAAGGUCCAAAAUUACUAGGAAUGGAAUUGUUGCCAAAUAAAUUAUUUUUUGGAGAACAAGACACCUGGUUCAUAGGCUGCUUAUUUCUACUUGCUAGCGCAUGUUCCUGGUCUCUUUGGCUUAUUUUGCAGGUGCAUGUAACAUCUUACUACCCAGAUCAUCUGUCAUUAACAACAUGGAUGUGCUUAAUCGCAGCCGUCCAAUCCGCCAUAUUGACACUCAUCAUCGAGCCUGGUUUGAAUACAUGGAAACUCACCUCCCAUGUUCAACUUGUUAGCUGCUUCGUUGCAGGUGUGGCGUCGGUGGUGACAAUCUUUGGUCAAGCAUGGUGCAUACAGAGAAGAGGGGCUCUGUUUUGCGCCAUGUUCAAUCCUCUGUGUACACUCAUAGUCGCAAUCUUCGCCUGCAUAUUCACGCACGAUGACUUGUACACCGGAAGCCUCACUGGUGGAUUGGCGGUCAUAAUUGGAUUGUAUACGGUGCUUUGGGGAAAAGCAAAAGACCAUGAAGAAAUCAAAAUCAAGAGAGGAGAUGCACAACAGCAGAAUACUACUAAUGCUGAAAAUGUGAGCGCAAUAGUUGACUUGGAACACCCUCUUUUGUCUGAAAAUUGUGGAGAUCAUGGAAUUUGAGGCCAGGGAAUGUAAUUCUAUUCAAUAAUGGUAUGAUAUUAGACAGCAUGCAGAAGGUGAUGAACUAAUGAUUAAUCGUAUUGAUUUU